ACACUUCCAUUUAGACCUGUAAAGGGUCCUCUAAAAUUGUUAAAUUUAGAGAAGAAAAUCAGUUUACCAAUUAUCUCAUCAUUUAUAUACUCAGUUUAGGCCAAAAAUAUGUUGCCAAGGAGUCGAACUCUUCCUGCCAGAAUAUACCAUGGCGAAGUAGAAGAAAGGCAUGAUGUUAGACACUAUUUCCAAGUGGAUAUCCAACCGAAACAUCAAAAGGAAACUGAGCCAACAAACCUUCAAACCAACUACUCCAAAUGCUUUGAUGAUGAUGGCCGUUUAAAGAGAACAGGAACUUUUUGGACUGCAACAUCACAUAUAAUCACAGCUGUUAUUGGUUCAGGAGUCCUCUCAUUAGCAUGGGCAAUAGGGCAACUUGGUUGGGUAGCAGGACCUACUGUAAUGAUCCUAUUUGCUUUUGUUAUUCUAUAUACUUCAAAUCUUCUGUCUCAAUGCUACAGAACUGGAGAUCCUGUCAAUGGCCCGAGGAAUUACACAUAUAUGGAGGCCGUCAAGGGAAUAUUAGGAGGGAAGAAAGUGAAAGUGUGUGGCUUGAUUCAGUACUUGAACUUGUUUGGCGUGGCUAUUGGAUACACCAUUGCUGCAUCAGUCAGUAUGUUGGCAAUAAAAAGGUCAAAUUGUUUCCACAAGAGUCAUAGGAGAGAUCCUUGCCAUAUGUCUAGUAAUGGAUAUAUGAUAGCAUUUGGUGUCACUGAAAUCUUGUUCUCUCAGAUCCCUGAUUUUGAUCAAGUGUGGUGGCUCUCUAUUGUUGCUGCAAUUAUGUCCUUCACAUACUCUACCAUUGGUCUUGUUCUUGGAAUUGCUAAAGUUGCUGAAAAUAAAGGCUUCAAAGGGAGCCUUACUGGAAUUAGUAUUGGUACUGUAACACAUGUUGGAACUGUAACUUCCACUCAAAAAUUAUGGAGGAGUUUGCAAGCUCUAGGGGCAAUUGCCUUUGCAUAUUCUUUCUCCAUCAUACUUAUUGAGAUUCAGGAUACAAUAAAAUCUCCUCCUGCAGAACAUAAAACCAUGAAAAAAGCCAGUAUUCUGAGCAUCGCGAUCACAACAGUUUUUUAUUUACUCUGUGGAUGUAUGGGCUAUGCUGCUUUUGGAGAUGAUGCUCCAGGAAAUCUCCUCACUGGUUUUGGAUUCUUCGAUCCAUAUUGGUUGCUCGACAUAGCAAAUGCAGCUAUUGUCAUUCACCUUGUUGGCGCUUAUCAGGUCUACUGUCAACCACUCUUUGCAUUUGUGGAGAAAUGGAGCGCGAAAAAAUGGUCCAAGAGCAAUUUUGUAACAGCAGAACAUGACAUUCCUAUCCCUUUCGUUGGCGUUUACCAACUUAACGUCUUUCGUGUAGUAUGGAGAACAAUCUUUGUAAUAUUAACAACAAUCAUAGCGAUGCUUUUGCCAUUCUUUAACGACGUUGUUGGAUUAUUAGGAGCACUGGGAUUUUGGCCACUGACUGUAUAUUUCCCAAUAGAAAUGUAUAUUAAGCAAAAGCAGAUUGGAAGAUGGACAAAACAAUGGAUAGGACUUGAGAUGCUAAGUGCAGCUUGUUUAUUUGUGUCUAUAGGUGCAGCAGUUGGUUCUAUAGCAGGAGUUGUUCUUGAUCUCAAAACGUAUAAGCCUUUCAAGACUAUUUACUAAAGGGAUUUCAAUCGAAAUAGGAAAGAAAUGCUCAAGAUUCUCAUUGUAUAGAAGGAAAACAGAAUAAACCAAAGGCAUAUGUUGGUUUGGUUGUCAAGAUAUAAUUAUAUGUAGUAUCUGUUUUUCAAAAAUCAUUUAUUUUAUAACAGCAGUUGAGUGAAAAAUUGUAUCCGCUGGUAUAUUAAUUAAAUGGAAAAGGGCGAAAGCUGCCCAUGAGCUAUUGGCCAAGGGCUAAAUA